AUUCCGGGGGAAGAAGGGAAAGCAGAAGGGGAGGACAGAAAAACUUGCGAUUGCAAUUUGUACUUACUGGGAAGAGCGGCCCCAACAGCCCUUUUCCCGUGAUCCGGGCCUCCGCCAAUCAGCGCCGCGAUGAUUCAGCGCAACGGGCGCAUCCGGGACCAGAUGCCGGUGUGAUUUUCUGGAUCAUGGAUGAAAAGAUGAGAUCACCAGGCACAGUUACCUCGAGUCACCAGCCUAAAUUAGAAUGGGAGUCCAGAGUCAAUGAAUUGGCCUGAGGUCUAUUGAUUGUUAUGCUGUCUAUACUAGUGUUUCUUAAUUGAUUUACUAUACAACCUCUCUCUCUCUCCAGGUGUUCUCGACCCCUACCUGGGCGGUAAGUUAAGUUAUGAGGUAUGAUCUCAUUCUACGCUCAUUCCUGCUGACUCUGCCUGCCGUGCCUUCGGGAUCCCGCAACCAAUCGGUUGAAUUCGAUCGGUGUAGAAUCACCAAAGAAUGGUUCAGGACGAGACUGAACAAUGGAACUCUGAGGACGAUAGGGGAUGAUAUGAGAAUGGUGAAAGCACUACAUCAUUUUUGCCAUUGCCUUUGCUUUGUGGUGGCCCGGACCAGACGAGACCAGAGCCCGGGCCAGAUUCGGGGGUACGGAGCAACAUUUGCAAAUCCCUGGACGGUCAUUCGUCCUCCGAGUCUGACCGACUUGGCGUUGGGCUUACAUUGUUCCGCUCCGUCGCAUACUGUAGGUACGUAGCAACAAUCACCGCCCGGUCAAGUAAACAUGCGAUGCGCCGGGACGAUGUCCAUGCCAUUCAAUGACUUGCGCAGUGCAAUGUACGUAGC